CUGAGCUACACACUCUGCUCUAAAAAUACUAGAAUAACACUCCACACCUCCACUCUAUAAACUCAAGCUCUCUCCUUUUCUUCUUCACACUUUCAUUAUCACUCUGUUUCUCUUAGUAACAAUCUUGAUCGAUCUCUUUCAUGGCUACCACCACCAACAACAACAGCGACAAGCAUAAAAAAGAGCCCGUUUCUGGUGCUGGUUCAACUGUUAUUAUCGAACCAAUGAAUAUAAACAACAAUACAACAUUUGUUCAAGCUGAUCCAUCAACAUUCAGAGCUGUUGUUCAGAAAUUAACUGGGGUUACUGAAAACCCAUUAGUUGAAAAACUUCCUGUAACUACUGGUAAUAAUAAUCAUAACAAUCUUCCAUCUCCAAGAUCAUCAUCAGCAGCAGCAGGACAGAGUAAUGGCAGCAGAAACACAAGUUUUAAGCUUCAUGAAAGAAGACAAUAUCACAAUAGUAGUAUGAGAAAACUUGAGAUAACCAGUAGUUUUAUUCAUCAACAUCAUCAAGGGUUGAUCAAUUAUCAUCAGCAUCAGUUUAGAAGCUCAUCAUCAUUGUCACCAUCAUGUUGCUUUAAUGGUGAUCAUCAGAAGGUUUUAAUAUCCCCUGUUUCAACACUUGAUCAUUAUCAUUUCUUAAUCCCAAGUCCAAGAACACCAAGAUCACCUCAAGAAGAAGAAGAGAAAGCAAUUUCUGAAAAAGGGUUUUAUUUUCAUCCUUCUCCUCGUUCAAAAACUAAUAAUAACCAUCAUCAUAAUCCUCCUCAACUAUUACCUCUGUUCCCACUCACUUCUCCCAGAGAUUCUUCUUCUUCCUCUUCUUAAUUAAAUCUUAUUAUGAAUUACCAUUAUCUUUUCUUUGAUCUUGAUAAUGUACUAUUAAUAAUCUUAAUUAAUUGAUGUUUGAAAUGUAAUUUAAGUUUAAAUUAUGUGUGUCUGUGUCUGGUCUUUUCUGAAAUGACUGAAUCUCUGAAGCUAUCAUGGACUUUCACUGCUACGGCUGAGGGUGACACAGAAGUUUCCUGUGAGUACUGUAUUAGAUAUUUGGACAAGUAAUUUUAACGUGGGUUAAGGAAACUCUAAUACGAUAUUAGUUCAGGGAUUGGAUCGUUAUAACUGUAAUGUUUUGGAUAACGGUGAUGUUUUGGGGAGUACAUUUACUGCAGUAAUUUAAUGAGGGGAAAAUUUUCCUUUGGUCCCUUUUUAAGUGGGUCCAUGUCUGUUUGGU